AUGGGUUUAGCAGGGCCGCGGAAGAGUACCAAGAUUGGCAAUGAUCCCAAUAACACCAAAUGGACCCGAUCCACAACCGGGUUCGGACAUCGGAUCAUGAGCGCUCAGGGUUGGACUCCUGGAAGUCUCCUAGGAGCGAAGGAUGCCGCGCACGCCAACCACUUGACCGCCGCCAGUGCUUCCCAUAUCAAAGUCACCCUCAAGGACGAUAAUCUCGGAUUGGGUGCUCGUAUUGGACGAGAGAGUGAGCCGACUGGACUUGAUGCCUUCAAAGGAUUGCUUGGCCGACUCAAUGGCAAGAGCGAAGUGGAAUUGAAGAAGGAUGAGCGAAAGCGCGAUGACGUUCGAUUGGCGCGAUAUGCUGCUCUGAGAUUCCCGGAAGUCAGGUUCGUCAGCGGUGGACUGUUGGCCCAGGAAAAGGAAGCCGCAAUUCCCCCGCCAACCCCUAUGGAUGCAACAUCCAAGAAGUCCAAAUCGGACAAGAAGGAAGCCACAAAGACCACAGAGGACGACGAAACCCCUUCAAGUGAAUCAGAUGUCCCAGCCCGCAAAUCCAAAUCCAAGUCCAAAUCCAAAUCCAAGUCCAAGUCCAAGUCCAAGAAAUCGCGCCCUCGAGAUGAAACCGACGACGAAUCAAGCUCGGAAUCAAAGAAGAAAAAGAAAUCCAAGAAGAGAAAGGCUGAGUCCGAGCAGAAGGAGCGGCGGCCUAUGGGACGGAAUGUCACUCGGUCACGCCAUAUCGCUCAGAAGAAGAGAGCUAUUAUGGAUGACAAGUCUCUCAACGAGAUCUUCAUGAUCAAAGCAUAG